ACUCUUUCAUCUUCAGAUGCGCUCAAAUUGACUAUGUAGAUGUGUUGUUGUUUUAUUUGUCAUCUGACCGAUGCUAUAUGAUCAUAUUGAUUGACUGAGGUAUUAAACUUAAAAAGGGUAGAUCAUAUAAAUUAUUCGAGUUAAUAACAUAGGUACUGGUAAGUAAAGUUUUUUAUUGUUUGGGGGUUUUAUGUUUGUUCAUAUAAAACUGCCUUAUGAGUUAUUGAUUUAUUUAUUAGGGUCUUUAUUUGUUGAUUAAAUAGUAUAUUUGAAAAUUUUGUGUGAUUCUGUUUCUGUUUCGAUAUCUAUACGAUGUUUUCGCCAAUCAAAUAACAUCUAGAAAGAACAUAAAUGUUCUAAUCCUAUAGAAUUACUCAUUGCAUAACAAUGUCAUUGAACUGUUUAUAUUUGAAGCUGCUUCAUCAUAACUUUAUUUAUUCUACACUCAACCGGUAGGGUAAGGAUUCGACUGUUCGUAAAUAAAUAAACAUGUAAUUUUUGUAUCUUGAAAUUUUUUUUAGAUUGUUGUCAGAUUUUUCAAUUGUAAAGAAAGGUUCUUAAAUAAAGGUGUACUUUAAAAACGAUGUAAGAUCAGCAUGUAAAGUGGGGCUUUAGGAAUUAUGUUAUUUUCUUGGUGGUGCGUCAUAGGUCUAAUCGUGUGUCGCUUCUGGCAUCCAAAAAGCGAGUUUACAUUAUGUUACCAUUCAGGGGCAACUCAAAUAUUCUCGUGUUGAAACGGAGACUUAGCUCCAUGGGAUAUGUAUAUGUUUUCGCUUUUUAUGAGGUGAAUUCCUCUGAGGUAAGGAUCAGUCCUGACAUGAAAUAUUUUGGACUGCAAUUUAAUAGUAAAAACAUCUAUCCAUUAUUUUGGAUAUAAGAAUGAUUUAAAGUUUUUGUCAAGUAUCUUGAUGGUGGAAAGAGUCUGAAUGUAUUAGAUCCUCUGUAAAUCAGAACCAUUUUUUAUAACUCUACUAACACAAUGUGUGGCUGAUGAACAAAUGCAUGCUCGUAUAUAUUGUUCAUUUAAAUAUGCCUGUCAUUUUAAACUCUGGAUUUUCCAUAUCAUUAGUGCUUGAUACUUUAAAUUGUAAGUGUAAUACUGACACAGUUUGUCUGUUGCUAUGUAUUCACAUAUGUCUUUGUUGUUCAUAUAAGGAGUUAUCAUUGCCCAAUAUCUAUUGCUUGAUCUUUUACAGUGAAGACAACUGUCAUUGUUGAGUCAGUCUGUUUACAUUAGUUUAAACCUUACCUAAACACGGGUCCAUGCUGGCUCAAAUCAAAACUGAACAAGAAGAAAAAGGGUGAUUAAAUAAAAAAAAAUUGUAAUCGAUUUCUGCAAGUCUGCUUUGGUAACAGAUUAAUGGCAAGACCGAGCGCUUGUUAGAGCUUAAUAAACAAAGGAAUCCACUAUUGUAGGUGCAUCUUGAUUAUAUGCAAAGCAGUUCAUACUGGCCGAUUAAUUACUAAUCAUUUCAUGCGUUGUAACAUUUAUAAUAUGGAACGAUCCAAUUAUUUUUCUACCUUUACAGCUGGCUAAAUAUGAACAUAGGACAGAGCGUUCCGCCUGAUGGAUUUCAGCCGGAAUCUCUUAGGUCUGACCCUUUAACAAGACAAUAUAAUAACCAAUCGAGAGGAUCAAAUUCGAACUAUACCUUAAACAAUAUUAAUAAUUACGAACAGGAAGAGAAACUAGCAAAUAAUAUCAAUGGACCACUUUAUGCAGAUUCGUCAGCAGUAACCAGCGUUAUGAGUGAUCGACAGUCACAUGUCCCGAAUCAAAGUCUUUUACCAAGUACUGGUCUUCAUGCACGUACUAGUGUCACAACCGCUACUGGUGUAACCGGACUAUCUGGAAUAGCUGGCAUAGCUGCGGCGGCCGCAAAUCAACAGGGAAAGCCUCUCAAUUUAGCUGCUCUUACUUUGGCUGCCCAGUCUGUUGCCGCCAAAAAGAGAGCUGGAGCUAGAGCACAAGCCGCUAAUACGAGACCAGAGCGUACUUUAUUCUGUCUGACGCUUAGAAAUUCUUUGAGAAAAGUAUGCAUAAAAAUUGGAGAAUGGAAACCAUUUGAAUACCUUAUUCUUCUUACAAUAAUGGCUAACUGUUGUGCACUUGGUGCUAUAACACCAUACCCUGAUGGGGAUUCAAAUACUCUCAAUCACAUAUUGGAAAAAAUUGAAAAUGUAUUUAUUGUUAUCUUUACUGUGGAAUGUGUUUUAAAGAUUAUAGCUUUUGGUUUUGUUAUGCAUCCAGGAGCAUACUUACGUAAUGCAUGGAAUAUACUUGACUUUACUAUAGUUAUCUUAGGACUUUUACAACCACUUAUUCAACAAAUGGUUGAACAAUCUGGUGUAGAUGUUAAAGCACUUCGUGCUUUCAGAGUGCUGAGACCACUUCGUCUUGUAUCUGGUUUACCAAGUUUACAAGUUGUAUUAAAUUCUAUAAUGCGUGCUAUGGUUCCACUCUUACAUAUUGCACUUUUAGUUAUCUUUGUAAUAAUUAUUUAUGCAAUUGUUGGUCUAGAAUUAUUUUCUGGUAAAUUACAUGCUACAUGUUAUGAUUUUGUAACAGGUGAAAUAGAGGAUAAUCCAUCACCAUGCAGUUUAAAUCAACGUGGUGCAUUGUGUACAGGUUCAACAAUUUGUUAUGAUUUUAAAUUGGAUAUGAGUUAUGCAGCUGUUGCUGAAAGAAAACAACAAGCUGAAGCUAUUUUAGCUGGAAAUAUUACACCACCUUUACCGCAACCAGAAAGAUGGGUUGGACCAAAUUAUGGUAUAACUAAUUUUGAUAAUUUUGGUUUAUCUAUGCUAACUGUAUUUCAAUGUAUUACUAUGGAAGGUUGGACACAAGUUUUAUACUGGGUUAAUGAUUCACAAGGGAUGUUAUAUCCAUGGAUUUACUUUAUCAGUAUGAUCAUUAUCGGAUCAUUUUUUGUUAUGAACCUAGUACUUGGUGUUUUAAGUGGGGAAUUUUCAAAAGAGCGUGAAAAAGCUAAAAAACGUGGUAAAUAUCAAAAAGCUAGAGAACAGAUGCAAUUUGAAGAAGAUGUACAAGGUUAUUUAGACUGGAUUAGUGCAGCUGAAGAUAUUAGUGAUGAUGAAGAAACUACAAAUAAAGAAGAUGAAAAAGAAAAAAAAUUUCAUUGGUGUGCUGCAUGUCGGACCACCUCAUCUUCAGCUACUGAUGACUUUGAAGAGGAAGAAGAAGAUCCAUCUGAACAUGGACUGGAUGAUGGCGGUGGUGGACAUCGUAGUCAAUCAUCAUCACAACAACAUCAGUAUUUUUUCUGUAUUCCAUUGAAAGGAAGGCGAUCGCGGCGUUGGAAUCGUCGUUGCCGACGUUCUUGUCGUCGGCUUGUUAAAUCUCAGACAUUUUACUGGAUAGUUAUAGUCCUUGUUUUUUUGAAUACUGGUGUUCUCACUUCAGAGCAUUAUGGACAACCGCCGUGGCUUGACGAUUUUCAAGAUAUGGCCAAUAUUGUAUUUGUUGUCCUCUUUUCUAUUGAAAUGUUAAUUAAAAUGUACAGUUUAGGAAUACGAUGUUAUUUUGAUUUUAUGUUUAAUCGAUUCGAUUUUUUUGUGGUUAUCUGUAGUAUUAUAGAAGUUGUAUUAAUACAAACUAAAGUGAUGCCACCAUUAGGAGUAUCUGUAUUACGUUGUGCUCGUUUAUUACGUGUAUUUAAAGUGACCAGAUAUUGGAGUAGCUUACGUAAUCUAGUUGGUUCAUUAUUAGCUAGUUUAAAAUCGAUUGUUAGUUUAUUAGUUCUAUUAUUUUUAUUCAUUGUCAUAUUCGCUUUACUUGGUAUGCAAUUAUUUGGUGGAAGAUUUAAUUUUCCAAGAGAAGAAAAGCCAAGAUCAAAUUUUGAUAGUUUUUAUCAAUCCCUUAUAACAGUUUUUCAAAUUUUAACUAGUGAAGAUUGGAAUGAAGCUAUGUACAAUGGAAUUCGUUCAUAUUCAAAUAGUCGUGUUGGUAUUAUGGUCUGUUUAUAUUAUGUUAUACUUUUUAUAUGUGGAAAUUAUAUACUACUCAAUGUCUUUUUGGCUAUUGCUGUUGAUAAUUUGGCUGAUACUGGUCAAAUGGAAGAGAAAAAAGAAGAAACAGAUGGUGAAAAAUCAGAUAAUAAAGAAAAUGAAAUAACUAGAAAUGAAGAUAUUAUAAUUGAAGGAGAAAAUGAUAAAGAAAAUAAAAUGUAUCAGUCAAUAGACAAUCGAAAAACAUCUACUACAAUAAUUAAUACUACUGAAAAUAAAUUAACUGAAGUACAUCAUGAAUUUAAUGAUGUUACACAAUUAUUAGAUCAAUUAAAUUUAGAUCCAAUCAAUGAAGAAGCUGAUCCUGAUCGACGCAUGUUUGAUCGAGAAGAUAAACAAAGAACAGAUGAUGAAAUUGAUGAUUUAAAAGAAGAUCGAAAUAGAGACAGUCAUAAUGAUGAUGAUGAUGAUAAUGACGAUGAUGAUGAUAAUGAUGAUAGAAGUGCUGAUGAAACUGAUAAAAUGAAAGAUACAACUAGUUCAAGACGUCAUUCAGAAAUUAGUUCAACAAAGAAAAUAAAACCAAUACCGAAUGCUUCUUCAUUUUUCAUAUUCAGUCCAACUAAUCCAUUUCGUGUAGCCUGUCAUGAAGUUUGCAAUCACAAUUAUUUCAAUAAUAUUGUACUUGUAUGUAUCUUAGUUAGUAGUGCUAUGCUUGCAGCUGAAGAUCCAUUAGAUGCAUCAUCUGCACGUAAUCAGAUACUGAACUACUUUGAUUAUUUUUUCACUUCUGUGUUUACAGUGGAGAUAACUUUGAAAAUAAUUACUUAUGGUUUGGUAUUACAUAAGGGAGCAUUUUGUCGAAGCGCAAAUAAUAUGUUAGAUUUUAUGGUAGUUCUUACAUCAAUUAUUUCUUAUCCAAUUGAUAUUGAUACAAUAUCUGUAGUUAAAAUUCUUCGAGUCUCACGAGUAUUACGACCUUUAAGAGCGAUAAAUAGAGCGAAAGGUUUGAAACAUGUCGUCCAAUGUGUUGUAGUUGCUGUAAAAAGUAUUGGUAAAAUAAUGAUGGUUACUUUUUUGCUUGAAUUUAUGUUUGCUGUUAUUGGUGUACAAUUAUUCGCUGGAAAAUUUCACUCUUGUACAGAUAGUUCACGUCUUGUACCAAGUCAAUGUCAUGGUCAAUAUAUCACAUAUGAAUUGGGUGAUAUAAGUCGACCUGUAGUUUUAGCACGUGUAUGGUUAAAUAAUCCAUUGAAUUUUGACAAUGUACCAAAUGCUAUGCUCACUUUAUUUGCUGUAUCAACAUUUGAAGGUUGGCCUGGUCUUUUAUAUAGAUCAAUUGACUCUUAUGCUGAAGAUUAUGGUAGUGUUUAUAAUAAUCGUCCAAUAGUUGUUAUCUUCUAUGUGGCUUAUAUCAUUGUCAUAGCAUUUUUUAUGAUUAAUAUAUUUGUUGGUUUUGUUAUUGUCACAUUUCAACAAGAAGGUGAACAAGAAUAUAGAAAUUGUGAACUUGAUAAAAAUCAACGUAAAUGUAUUGAAUUUGCAUUGAAAGCUAGACCAGUGAAACGUUAUAUCCCAAAAGAAAAUUUUCAAUAUAGAAUAUGGUGGUUUAUUACAUCACAACCAUUUGAAUAUUGCAUUUUUAUAUUUAUAUUAAUUAAUACAAUAUCAUUAGCAAUGAAAGUUGAAGGACAACCAAAUGCUUAUGCUGAUGCAUUAGACUAUUUAAAUAUGAUAUUUACUGGUGUAUUUACUGUGGAGUUCGUGCUGAAGUUAACAGCUUUUGGUUUCAAGAAUUAUUUUAGUGAUCCAUGGAAUGUAUUCGAUUUCAUCAUUGUUGUUGGUAGUUUCGUUGAUAUUAAUAUGUCACAUCUUGCUGCGAAUUCAAAAUUCAUCAGUAUAAACUUUUUUCGUUUAUUCCGUGUAAUGCGAUUGGUUAAAUUAUUAAAUCGUGGUGAAGGUAUACGAACACUUCUAUGGACAUUUGUUAAAUCAUUUCAGGCAUUACCUUAUGUUGCUCUACUGAUCAUCAUGUUAUUUUUUAUAUACGCUGUAAUUGGAAUGCAAAUGUUUGGUAAAAUUGCAUUAAUCAAUCCAGAUAGUUCAAUAAAUCGUAAUAAUAAUUUUCAAACAUUUCCUCAAUCAUUGUUAGUGUUAUUUCGUUCUGCAACUGGUGAAGCUUGGCAAGAAAUAAUGUUAAGUUGUGUUAAUGAUCACACUGUCAAAUGUGAUCGAUAUUCAGAUACUGAAAUGAAAGCUAUACGAAGUUUUUUAGAUGAACAACAACAUAUUAUUUUAAUGAAUACUACAUCAACACAAUAUAUUCUGAUAAAACAAAAUGGUAACAAUUCAACAAAAGUUUCGACACCUUUUGUAACAUCUAUUGAUGAUUCAACAGAAUAUAAUCAACCAUCAGUGUCAUUUUAUAAUCAUGAACGAGAUAAUCAUUCUAUUUGGGAUGUAUUAAAUAAUGGAUUAAUGGAUAAUAAUCAGAAUUCCUUAUUUACUUAUUCACAUCCUUCAACAAUACUUGGAUUAGAUAAUCCAACAAUAGAAAAGGACCGGUCUUCUUCUUCUUCUUCGUUUUUAUCGGUUGAAAAUAUACAUCCUCCAGAUGAUAUUGUUUAUUCAUCAGAUUUAAUAAGUAGAUAUAGACAAAGUAGAGAAAUAAAUGAUAAAAAUGAAACAUUUCCUAUCAUUUCAACACAAUUAUCAUUAUCUUCAUCAUUAAAACCAAUUCAGAAUCAACUUAUUCAUUCAUCUAUUGAAGAGUUUGAUGAAAGAACUAUUAGUUGGAAGAAAUUAGAUGAAUUAGGAUAUAAUGGACCACGUGCAACAUGUGGAUCAAAUUUUGCCUAUCCAUAUUUUAUUUCUUUCUAUAUGGUUUGCUCAUUUCUUAUUAUCAAUUUAUUUGUUGCUGUUAUAAUGGAUAAUUUUGAUUAUUUAACACGAGAUUGGUCAAUAUUAGGUCCACAUCAUUUAGAUGAAUUUAUACGUUUAUGGUCAGAAUAUGAUCCUGAGGCAAAAGGAAGAAUUAAACAUCUUGAUGUAGUUACACUCCUUCGUAAAAUAUCACCUCCAUUAGGUUUUGGUAAAUUAUGUCCUCAUCGAACUGCAUGUGUAACUUUAGUACGUAUGAAUAUGCCGUUGAAUAGUGAUGGAACUGUCAUGUUCAAUGCAACACUUUUUGCUUUAGUUCGAACUAAUUUAAAAAUAAAAACUGAAGGUGCAGCAAUUGAUCAAUUAAAUGAAGAACUUCGUGCUGUAAUUAAAAAAAUAUGGAAAAGAACAAGUAAUAAAUUAUUAGAUCAACUUGUACCUCCUGCAGGUGGAAAUAAUGAUGUAACAGUUGGUAAAUUUUAUGCAACUUUUUUAAUACAAGAAUGGUUUCGUAGAUGGAAACAAAAAAAAGCUGAAGAACAAAAAGCUUUAUUACAUGGACAAGGGAAAAGACAUUCAAUCAUGCCAUUCAAAAGUUUUGGAAAACCUACAACUAGUUCUCUUGAAACACAAAAUACUUCAAUGAAUAUUUUAUUACCACCAUCUGAAGAAACAAGUAAACGUGGAAGUUCUGGUAGCCUUGGUGAUGGGGAUACGCAUCAUAGUUUGUUAGACUCAGUAAAAAAUGUUAUACAUCGAGUAGGUAGUUCAAGACGUCAUUCAGAAGUUUCACAAUGUAAUGAACGUGAAAAAUUAUCACAGCCAUACAAACCUUCAUUAGAGUCAACGGAUAAAAAGUUACCAUUAAUUUCUAAUGAUCAUUUACAAUCAAAUCAAACAUCAAAAUUGAAUACAUCAAAAGUAUUGAUUUCUGAUUAUUUAAAUUCUACAUCACAAAGAAUAAUGCUACCAACAAUUAGUCAAGGUAGUCAUGAAGAUGAAGAUGUUGAUAAUGGUGGAAUUGGAGGUUUGAAUAAAAUAAUGGAAGGAAAUGCUAUACAUAUAGAGAAGUAUAAUACAUCUAAUGACAAAUAUUAUUCUGUUCAUCCAAACAAAAGAAUUGAUAAUGGAUAUAUAAUUGAUGAUACUGUACCACAGAAACAAUAUUCAAUAAAACCAGCUGCAUGGAAUAAUACUAUUUAUACGGAUAGAAAUAAUGUUAAAAAUCGCCCUAUAUCAACCUUACCAUAUGGAUCAAAUUCUGCAUUAUAUAAAUCAACAGACUUUUCAACUGUUCCUUAUAUACAAGAAUCAGUUCAUCAUAUUUCACCAUUAUAUAAAUCAAAUCAUUAUAAUCAAUCACAAUCUAUCAAUGUUAUAAAUGAAUUACAAAAUGUAAAUAAUAAAGGAAAUGAUUUGAUUAAUAUGAAUGAAGAAGAGAAUAGAUCUGAAAUAGAAGACGAAGAAGAGGUAGUAGAAGUAGAAGAAGAAGAUGAAGAGGAUUUAUUUACAACAAUAAGAAGUGAAACACCUAGUCCAGCACCAUCAAUUGCUGCAGCUAUACUUAGGCCAAAUUAUUAUUCUAAUUUAAAAGAACAUAGGAAAACAAUUGAUCCUUCAGAUUUUACAGUUUAUACUAGUAUACCAAGAAAUUUAAUGAUGAAUAAAUUGAUCAAUAAAAGUGGGAAUACUAGUGGAUAUUCUAAUGGUAUGGUUAAUAAGGACUUGGAAGAAUUAUUAGAUUUACCUAAGACUAUUUGGACCGCUUGUUUACCAGAUGUUCAGCCAAUCAAUGGAAAUUCUCAUUCUAAUCGAAGUGUUAAAUAUUACAAACGUCAACUACCUCAAAUACCUUCAGAAGUUAAUAAAAUAGAUGUUAGAGAUACAUCUAAACCUUUUCAAAUAUCCACGUCUGUAGGAAUAAAAGAAAGAGAUAAUCUGUUAACAGAUGUCUUGAAGAUGAACAAUACAAAAUCCGGUUUUAUGAGUAUACCACAAAAGAAUGAAAAAUCACAAAUCAAUGAAGAUAUUUCUGUUAUUGUAUAUCAACCACCAUCUAUUGAUCCACAUGGUCCUGCACCUAAUCCACCUGUAUAUUGUUCAUCAUUUCCUCCAUCUAAUCUAUGGUCUUCAAGGCAUAAUAAUAAUAAUAAUAAUAAUACAGAAUCUACUGAAAUCAAUAAAGAAUUAUCUCAAAUGUAUUUAAAACAAUCAACAACUCCAAGACAAAAUUGGUUAAAUCAGCUAGUUAUUAAUGAUUUAAAUGAAUCAAUGAUGAAAUAUAAAUCGAUUGAUGAAGAUUGGUCACAUCUUGAUCUUCCAUUAAAACAUUUAGCACCUUCAUCAUCAUCACCAUCAUCGUCACCAUCAUCAUCAUCACCACCACCUCCACCAGCACCUAAACCUAUUUUAUUAAAUAUCAAUGAAGAUUUAUCAAAAUUCAAUUAUUCAAAAUGAUAUUCAUUAGAAUAGAGAACUGAAAUCUCUGAAUAAAACUUUCAAUGAAUCCAUGGCAUUUUCAUUCAUCAAUUGGAUUGAUAUUCCUAACAAACAUAAUCAUCAAUCUCCCUCCCCCCCUCUCACUCACGUUUCUAUGGAUUAGUGUAUUCAUUCGUUAUUUUCUUUUCUUUUUUUCUUUCUUUUCUUUUUUUUAGAGAGAAAAAAACCUGUAUUCCCUUAGUUUUAUUGUAGAAAAUUGUAUGUAUGUAUGUAUAAUGAUUUGUGUGUAUAUUAUAGAAUAGUUUCAUAGAAGAGAAACAAAAACCCCUAUUUAUGCUCAAUACUAACUCAGAUGUAAAUGUGUUCCUUCAAACUAACCAACCAAUCAAUCAAUCAACAAAGAAAGAAAGAAACAUUCCAUUUGCUCAUCCGGGUUUCUUUUUUUUGAGGGGGGGAGGGGGCAGGGAAUGGGAGUCUUAAGUCAUUUCCAAAUUUUUUCUUGAGUUCAAUCUUUUUGUUGAAUAGGUUCUUUUUGUUUGUUUACAUAUACAUAUUGAAUAUGAUUUUAAUUAUUAUUAUUAUUAUUGUUUUUUAUUAUGAUUAUGAUUAUGAUCAAAUGUCUUUCUAUCUAAUGAAUGAAUGUUUAUUAGCUCGAAUCCUUUAAUUCAUCCAUGUAGAAUACAGCACUUAUUAUUAUACUUAUGAGUGUAAUCUAUUUAGAAUUAUGAUUGUUAUUCUGUUGUUUGGAUUGUAAUUAAAUAAAAGAAGUCACACAAUCACUAUUAUUAUUAUUGACUAUUCAUGUUAUAACUUGUCGGAUUGAAUGCUACUUGUUAUCUUUGGUCGUCGGUGAUUGUUGUGUCGUGAACGCUUAUCACUUAUAAUUGAAACAAGAGACCUCUGCAAUUCCCGACGAUGCGAAAGUAAGAACACAAAGACGACUAUAAGUGAAGAUUUAUUAAUCCCCAAAACACGAUGAUGAUGAUGACCCUAGUCGAAAAUACACUGAUUUAUAUAUUGAUUGUACACUGAAUAAUCAUCACAUUGAAUCAUAAUGGAAGUUAUGUGAAACCAAAACUCAAUGAGUAAAUUAAUCAAGUUUUAACUAUUCUUCCCAUC